GAAACCUCACGCCUUCACAUUCUCCUUCAGUCUAUAAAAAAUAGGAAGCCCUUUGCUCAUCUUACGCCUCCCACUCAUUUCUUCCAUCUGUGCGAUCUUCAUUGCUUCCAGGAGUGUUUGAUCGACUUGCAGGUGCUUGCAGAAAAGACCAACUUGAGUACCAGCUGCUUUUGCUGGUUGCCUUCAUCCGAGAAAAUAAAUGGCCGACGUUCCACAUCUUCUGAAGAAGUACAUCUACAGCCACGAUCAUAAUCUUGAAAACUGCAGCGAAUGUGUCGAGAAGUGGUGCAAGGACAUUCAAGGUACAACCACCAACACCGAAACAACAAUAAAAAAUCUCCAGUCUUUGGUCACAGAACGCUUCAAGCAACUUGAGCAGAAUGUUGCCAAGAAUCAGGAAACGCUCAAUGAUCUUAAUUCUGUCGUUGACCGUCGCUUUAAUGAACUCUCUACCAGCAUAGAGAGCCUGAGAACCGAGAACAAAAAGCUUAAGGAUCAGAUGGUAUCUGAAAUGAACACAGUUCUUGGCUUGGGCAGCCGCCCAGCCCAUUGGAACGUCGAGUGGAAGAACGCUGAUGGGUUCACCAAGAAGGUAGACGUUAGCUGCAGGACUGUGUACCAUAUGAUGGAGUCGAUAAUGAAGAAUCUCUUCUCCUUUGUCGACGAGGCAAUAGGCCUCGGAGAUCGCAAGCAGAAAGGACCCUUCGCGCUAGUGAAUGUUGAAACUGAUACGAAGCAUGAGAAUUAUGCUUCCAAAUCCUCUCUUAGGGAUUUGAUCGUGGAUCUGGACACUGCAAAUGCACAGUUUCAGAUGGAAGUGCUGAGAAAAUACUUGUUCUGGACCAGAACUGUGACUCCCAAAGAACUAGAGCUGCAUAACAUGCAUCAAUGGAUUGAAACAAAUAAAUUCAACGUGGUGAAUGUCGUGAAGGACUUCGAAUCAAAAUUUAUGCAGUAUGAUGAGAAGAUGGACGAUAACGUGAAUAUUUUGAAUCAACGGCUUGAUAAGAUCAAAUUGGAACUCGUUAAUGCUUCUAAUCUGAACAUCAAAAGGCAGGUAGACAUCUUGAGCGACGAACUAAGGGUCUACAAGCAAGAACAGGACAAUCUGCUGAAGGCCAUCGAGGAGAAAGAGGAUCUCAUCAGGAAGUUUCAGGAGAAAGAGAACAAUGACAUUGAUCAUUUGAAGAUCUACACUCAUUCCCUCGAGGAGAGACUGACUGGUGCCAGGGUGACUAUUGAACAUGGUGAAGGCAAAGGAAUCUGAUGAUGAUUCGGAGCGUUACUGCCCUUAGACAGAAUCACACUAGCAGAUGAACAUGAACAAGGCCACUCAUGGAUCAUGAUGGAAGUUUAAGUUGCGAACUCCGCUAGCUAGAUCACUUGUGUGAAAAACACUGCUCGGAGGAAAUUAAGGGCAGCGAAUGCUCUUAAAUCGUUCGCUUAUUUCUUUUCUUCUUUUCUCUGUUUUUGUUUUCUCUUUUCCUGGUUGGUUUCUAUGGUGGCAGUCUGUUGUCACAUAAUCAGGAUCUAUGGCUGCGAAUGAAGUGGGUCUACGGAGUGUAGCGUUGUUUCUCCACAGGCUGCUCUCUUGCUCAUUCAGAAAGCUAUUACUCGAUCUCUUGCUGGGGUGUUUUCAAGCUUUAUGAAUAAAAUUUGUUGAUAACC